CAUAGCCCCCCACUUUGUCGUCCUCAUCGUCAUCCUCAGCGGUUCUCCUUCCACCCCACCGCUCGUCGGCUAGUCGCUGUCAACUUGAGAACUUCUUUCAAGUUACGAUCCAAUCGUCAUUGUGGCACCGCUCUCCUCAUUCAUUCUUCCUACUUGCCUGUCUCACUUUGUCCCGUCGGUACGGGACUGCUAUCAACCGACUAGUCGUCCGUCUGUUUGAUUCAGUUAGCUUGUGUCUUGCGCUCACGCACGCAUACUUAAGUCGAUCGCAUCCGCUUUCUUAUCUAGUUGUCUACCCCGUCCAUCCUCCUCCAUUCAUCUGUUCUGCUUUUCUAAGAGCAUUGACGUACCUAAAGAUACGGUACGGUACGGUGCUUCCCCCAAUUUCUCUCUAGGUAGAGGGUUGGAAGGGGGUAUUUUUUUUUCUGAGAAAGAUUGGAAGAGGGAAGGAUUGGUGGUGAGGAAAGAACGAUGGUGAAGUUUUAUGAGAAUUCGUUUUCUUAUGACUACCAAUGGCCAGCCGUCACGCUUGCUUACUUCUUGCGGUAUCCUAAUCCCUACUCAAAGCAUGUGGUCUCAAGCGAUACGCUAUCAUCUCAGUUGGACCCUCAAACCGGCAAUCUUCACGUAACUCGUCUACACCUGAAACGCGGAAAACUCCCCGCAUCGCUAGCCCGCUUCCUUCCCAAAAUAAAAGAAUCCUACAUCCUCGAGAAGUCAAUAGUGGACGUCAGGAGCCAGCGGUUGGAAACAGAGACCAGGAAUUUAGACUGGGAGGGGGUGUUAAGCGUUGUCGAGAGUCAAGUUUAUACUCCUGGCAAUGACUCCACUGCCUCGGGGCUGGAAGCGCCGGUGGCCGGAGCAGGGAAAACGGAUGUGACGACUGUGGUCCGUUUCGAAAGUAGACUUGGUGGGGCAGCACGGAACACGCAGAGUGAUGGAAUGACAGGGGAGGGAGUGAAGGAUGGCUGGUUCUUGGGUUGGACAACGAGCUCGGUGCAGGGGUCUAUUGAGCUUGUGGGUGUACGGAGAAUGAGGGAGGGGUUCGGGAGGAGGAGGGAGGGGAUGAAGGUUGUGCUUGAGCAGUUGCGUGAACGUGGGUUUGUCGGGGUUAUUAAUGAGCAACGGCAGGGGGGUUGGGAACGUUGGAAGAAAGUGUGGCGAGGGGAGGGUGUUGAAAGGAUGGAUGAUUGAUCAAUCUUGAUUUUUGGCUUGAUUCAUCAUCGUGAUCGCUGGUGGGGAGGUAGGUUGUGGACAACUUGUAGGGCUUGGUGGGAUCGUUCCUGGGUUUACUACCAUGUUCUUUCCUUCUUUUGUGGGAGGUGAAUUCAUCGGUGCUUUGCUUGUUUGUUUUAUUUUUAUUCACCUCCCAGUCACCGAUGCCUAAGCAGUGAUUCGUUUCGGUGAAACCUUACCCGUGAGAGGGACAAGCUUUGCACUAUCUUCUUUUGUGUAUUCUUUGGGAUGUAUUAUAUAUAUGUGUGGGUGGGUAGGGUCUCUUUGUGGGGUUUAGCAUUAUUACUGGGGAAAACAAAACCAAAUGGUCUCUCCGCUCUUGAAUUGAUUGGCUUUUUCUUACAA